GAGCUCGCGCUGCUGCUGACAUCAGAGGCGCAGCUCCACGGACCAACUCGGCUCCUCUGUCCGCCGUGUGUGCGCGGAGACGAGCGAAGCGCAGCUGGGGAAAAAAACCCAAACUUUACUCUGAGACGAAUCGGCCGCCGUGCGCGGUUUCUCGGCUUUGGAUUACGCGCUGGAGGAGGAGGAUUCUGAUGCGCGAUCGCAGCUUGUAGUUGUUAUUCCUGCGCUUCAGCUCAGAGCGCAGUUUCCGGAUUUCAGUUCACUGUUUGGUGAAGAUCUGCUCUGCAUCUUUUUGGGAUUUUUCCGUUCGGGUGUUUUGGACAACUUGCACUUCCUAAGCAGUUCAUCCCCUUAAAUCCUGCGACCGCUACUUGAUCAUGGAGUCACACAGACGAGGGUGAAGUCUCCGCUCGCACAGUGAAAUUGAGCUCCGUGCUCAAGUUCAACGGGCCCACUUCCUGAUGAUGACAGUAAACAUGGAUGACGGCCUCCAAAAUGGACCCGGGCAGCACAGGAACUUGCAAGAUGACGAAGAGGCGCUGAACUCCAUCAUGAAGGACCUGGCAGCCCUGGGUCGCUGCUACACCCAGCACAGAGCCCUGCUCUUCAAACAGGAUUUAAGAGUCAAGCUGGAGCAUGAGAGAGAAAAACGAAUCAUCCCGUUUCAGAGGCCGGUGAGGAUCAAAGAGCUGCUGCAGAAAGUGACGGAAGCUUUUGGCCAGCAGAUGGAUAUGUUCUUCAUGGAGAAAGAGAUGCUGCUGCCUCUGAAGACUCAGGAGGACCUGGAUCAGGCGGUGCUGACAGGCUCAAGCUUGGGGGCCAACGGGCUGCUCAGGAUCCUGCUCAAGACCCCCAAGAACAAUCACUACUUACAGGUGAACAGCAGGGACAAACAGAGUGAAAUGAAGUCAUCGCGGUCGCUGGGGGAUUUGAAGGGAUCUCUGCUCAAGGGCUCGGAGCGUGUGCGCAAACACUCCACAGGGUCCCUCCACACGGGCCGGACGUCCCCGCCCCCCGGCAGCGUCCCCGAGGAGCAGCAGCAGAUCGCUCGCCAGGGCUCCUACACCAGCAUUCACAGCGAAGGCGAGUUCAUCCCCGAGACCCUGGACCAGAACAUGCUGGAUCCCUUCGCGAGCUCGGACAAUUCCCUGUCAAACAGCUGUCAGUCAAUAGACCAAGCGCUGGACAGCCCUCCUUUCUCACAGAACAACCGCGACAAUAAUUACCUGAACCUCAACUACGAAUACAAAGGUCGCCACGGGAAAGGAGGGACUUUCCCCCGUCAGUUCCAGUUGCCUAAUCGCAGCAAGGAUUAUGGAGACCGUCGCAGGACGCUUCCACGGAGCUUCAUGCCACAGGAGAACCUGUUCCAGCUGGUUCCCUCCAGCCGCACGCGCAGCUACAACGGCGACAGCACGCUGCAGUACAGCGACCUGCGCUCCCUGGGCCGCACGGCCGACAAGAGCUGCCAGCGCGGCACCUGCAAGUCUCCGCGGGCGCCAGUCAACUGGCGACAGGGGAAGCUCCUGGGACGCGGGGCGUUCGGGGAGGUCUACCUCUGCUACGACGCCGACACGGGCCGCGAGCUGGCCGCCAAGCAGGUGCCGUUCGACCCCGACUGCCAGGAGACCAGCAAGGAGGUGAACGCUCUGGAGUGCGAGAUUCAGCUGCUGAAGAAUCUGCGUCACGAAAGGAUCGUGCAGUACUACGGUUGUCUGCGGGACCUCGAGCAGAGAAAACUCACCAUCUUUGUGGAGUUCAUGCCUGGGGGCUCUAUAAAGGACCAGCUUAAAUCCUAUGGUGCCCUAACUGAGAAGGUGACAAGGAGAUACACCAGACAGAUCCUCCAAGGAGUCUCCUACCUGCACAGCAACAUGAUUGUACACAGAGACAUCAAAGGUGCUAACAUCCUGCGGGAUUCCUCGGGGAAUGUGAAGCUGGGAGACUUUGGAGCCAGUAAACGUAUCCAGACCAUCUGCAUGUCUGGUACAGGGAUCAAGUCUGUCACUGGCACCCCCUACUGGAUGAGCCCAGAAGUCAUCAAUGGGGAGGGGUACGGCCGGAAAGCUGAUGUAUGGAGUGUCGCCUGCACUGUUGUGGAGAUGCUGACCCAGAAGCCUCCUUGGGCCGAGUACGAGGCCAUGGCAGCCAUUUUUAAAAUCGCCACGCAGCCGACGAAGCCCUUGCUUCCCGAGAGCGUGUCCGACACGUGCAGGGACUUCCUGCGUCUGGUAUUCGUGGAGGAGAAGUGGCGUCCCACCGCAGACGGCCUGCUCAGCCACCCGUUCGUCCAGGGCAGUUUCUGAGGCCCGCGGACCCCCCCUUCCCUCCCCUGCCCUGCGAGGCCUCCACGGCCCAGGUGCCUCCCCUCCACUCCGGCCCGCCCCGUCCCCAGGGCCCCCCUCCGUCAACCAGGGUCCCGGGCCCGCCACCAAUCCGCCUUCCUGCCCUGUCAUCGAUCACCAGUGUUUGCCUUGUGAGGGCCCCUGCAUUUCUCACCAACCCGCUCAACCAGGAUUAUUCACCGAGAGGCCAGGCUGACUGCUGUCAGAGCCCCAGGGUGCCCCGCGGAGCCGCAGCGAGGCUCCUCGGGAGAAGACUGACGAGAGAGCACUUAGCAGUCUCACUGGACGUGGACCGAGAGCAGGAAAAGUGAGCCGCGACAGGGAGAGAAGUGAUGCCUGCAGCUUUCUGGGUCUUUACUCACACCUACUGCCACAGAACAGUGUCAUGACACUGCUGCAUACAUGACAGUACUGUAGGUUACUCAUCAGCCAAGUGAGCUGCGAGUGAGAUGGUCAGAUAUUUUUAUAUGACACAUAUAAAGUCAUGCUAGCAGAUGUUUUCUGUUUGUAUUGUCACCCAAGACAAAUGUAAAUGUAUUUUCAUCAACGCCUUACAAUAAGACUUUGUAAGUAAGAAUGUCAUUUUUUUUAACAUCUGCCCUGUUUUCAAAGCACUCACAAGCCCAUUUUGAAGGACUGUCAACAUUGCACUUUUUAUAUCAUGCAGUGAAACAUGCAGGAUAAUCAACCGAGGAGAUAUUUUUCUAUCUGAUGCAUUUUUAUAGACUUUCAUAAUGAAAAUGGUGUCGUUCGUUCAAGCGUGAAGAGGAGAAGAACCAAACUUUUGCAUUGGUGUGCAAUGUCUAUUAAGCAAUACCAACACUGCUGUUAGAGUCUGUGCCAUCUAUUCCAGCUUCCUAGACAGUCAGCCUUGUUCCCUUCACAUGUGGCCAAAGAGAAGUUGCACAGACGGAUGAUUUGGUGGUUAUGAGGCUGCGUGGAUGAGCAGACUUAGUCACGUUGGUUGGUUUGUCACCUCAGAGCCCUUUUAGCCUUUUGUGUUAUGGCAGCUUUGUGCACAAACGUUCUACACAAACCAAACCGUAUAUAUUGACGUUGCAUUAAGAUUGUGGUAACACUUCAUGAUAUUAGAGUGAAGGGAAGUUUCUGGUCACCCCAUGCCUUUACUUUCGCUGUCCACUCUAUAGGAACCAACCACCCAGUAACCACGUGACAGCACGCCUUGCUUUGUGUAAUGUCAUGAGAUGUGUAUGUGUCACCAAAAAGUGUCGAGUUGGUCAGACGGACAUCAAUGCUGUAUGAGGGGGGAGAUGAAACUUGAUCCGGGGACUGAUCGUUCCCACCUUCUACGCGGUAGCUGUAAAUCAGUGGCACUUAAAGAAUGAUGAUCAAAUAUUUUUGGACCCUCGUCAGUGCCUUACCUGAAUUUGUAUGUAAUCACAAAUGUUCACUGCCAAAGUGGGAAGCUUGUUGAUAAGGUGAGCAGCCGUUCAGUAGAGAGCACACACGACAUGUGUGGGUUUUUUUAUAGAAAAAAAGAUUAUACUGUAAAUACAUAUUGUUCUGCACUUUUGUAUGACAUUUCUUUUGCAUUAUAUACAAAAUGAUUUGAUGAAAUAACUACGUUCUACAGUAGAUUGUACUGUGAUUUAGACGGGCGCACGAGCGAUGGUCUCUGAGAGCUGGUAUGAAAAGGCAGCAGGCUUUCGAUUGGGACAGUUUUGUCUUUAUGACAAAGUCUAGAAAUAUGAACUGUAUUAAGUCGUUGAUCUUUUGUACAUUUAACUUAAUAAAUCAAAGGUCUAAGACUA